AGAGCCAGGCAAUGACCGGCGCCCACUUCCGGUCAGCCAUUGUUCUUGUUAUCCUCCCGUGAAUGGCGGAGGUCCUCGGUCCUGUGCCCUGCCCUUCCCUCUCCCUCCCCGUCGGGACCUUGGAGGUCGUUCAAUCGCUGUUCUUUGUGACAUCAGCUCAGGCCUGAGACAUUCAAGACAAAAGUUCUGGGAUUAGACGUUUAAUCAGGGCCUUUGACUGCUUGAGCUUCAGCGUAUCCAGGUUCUGGUGAGAGGUUGUGAUGACUGCAGAGGUGAGGAAAGCCAUGUGUCUGGGUGUCCAGGAGAAGAGGGAUGAUCCCUGGGGACCAGGAUCAAGCCUGCAACAGGACAGCCAGAUCAGCUAUGAAGUUUUUCGGCAGCGCUUUAGGCAGCUGUGUUACCAUGAGACCUCUGGGCCACAGGAGGCCCUGAGCCAACUGCGGGACCUUUGUGGAAGGUGGUUAAGGCCAGACAUGAAUACAAAGAUGCAGAUUCUGGAGCUACUGGUCCUGGAGCAGUUCAUCACCAUCCUGCCCAGGGAGAUCCGUAUGUGGGUGCAGCUGCAUCAUCCAGAAAGUGGAGAGGAGGCAGUGGCCAUGGUGAAGGACUUCCAGAGACACCUUGAUGGACCAGGACAGAAAGAUUUGGUAACAUUUGAGGAUGUGUCAGUGGACUUCACCCAGAAGGAAUGGAAGAGUUCAACACCUGCUCAGAGGGCCUUCUUUCGAGAUUUGAUGCUGGAGAAUUAUCGAGAUGUAGUAUCACUGGCAGGAUUUCCAUUUUCAAAACCUAUGGGGAUUUCCCAGAGAGAAGAAAAACCAUGGGGCCUAAAUCAUCAGGCACCUCUGGCCUUGGAAGAUGGGAAAAGCACCUGUACUGAAUGUGAUAAUGUCAGUGAAAAUGAAGAGUCCACUUCAAAGCAAGGAAAUUUUGGUGAAUCAGAAUCACAUAAGAGUUCAUCAGAAGUUCUACAGAAGGACCUUUCCAAGGCAUCUGAAGCUGGAGAAGCCUCUGAAAAAGAAAUCAUAUUAGAGCAGCAACAAGGAACACUUCCAGAGGAAGAAAUUAGGACAAUUGACAAUGAGUUCAUGGAAGUGAUAGUCCAGAAUAAGAAAAUCCCUAUUGAAGAGCGAGAUGAGAAAUGUAAAGAAUUCUGGGAAAGUUUUAGCCUUGUCUCAAACACUGUUACACAAGAGAAAAUUCCUAGAGGACAGAAAUCUUAUCAGUGUAAUGAAUGCGGCAAAUAUUUUAAUCGGAGCUCACAUCUUAUUGGACAUCAGAGAAUUCACACUGGAGAGAAACCUUAUGAAUGUAAUGAAUGUGGGAAAAGCUUCAGACAGACUUCUCAGCUUAUUGUACAUUUGAGAAUACACACAGGUGAGAAACCCUAUGAAUGUAAUGAGUGUGGAAAAGCUUACCGUCACAGCUCACAUCUUAUUCAUCACCAGAGACUCCACAAUGGUGAAAAACCUUAUAAAUGUAAUGAGUGUGUGAAAGCCUUCACUCAGAGUUCUCAACUUAUUGAUCAUCAGAGAAUCCAUACUGGUGAGAAACCCUAUGAGUGUAACAUGUGUGGUGAAGCCUUUAGUCGCAGUAAAAGCCUUAUUCGACAUCAGAUACUUCACACUGGUGAAAAACCUUAUAAGUGUAAUGAAUGUGGGAAAGCCUUCUGUUCUAACAGGAACCUUAUUGAUCAUCAGAGAACUCAUACUGGGGAGAAACCUUAUAAGUGUAAUGAGUGUGGCAAGGCUUUUAGCAGGAGCAAAUGCCUUAUUAGACAUCAGAGCCUCCAUACUGGGGAAAAACCUUACAAAUGCAGUGAGUGUGGGAAGACUUUUAGUCAGGGUUCUCAACUUAUUGAUCACGAAAGAAUUCACACUGGAGAGAAACCUUUUGCAUGUAGUGAGUGUGGCAAGGCAUUCAGCUUGAGCAAGAGCCUAAUUCGACAUCAGAGACUUCACACUGGAGAGAGACCUUAUAAAUGCAAUGAUUGUGGAAAGUCCUUCAAUCAGAACUCACACCUUAUUAUACACCAGAGAAUUCAUACUGGGGAGAAACCUUAUGAAUGUAAUGAAUGUGGGAAGGUUUUCAGUUAUAGCUCUAGUCUUUUGGUACAUAAGAGAACCCAUACUGGGGAGAAACCUUAUGAAUGUCAUGAUUGUGGAAAAGCUUUUAGUGACAGCUCACAACUAAUUGUACAUCAGCGAAUCCAUACUGGGGAGAAACCUUAUGAAUGUAAGGAAUGCGGGAAAGCUUUCAGUCAGCGUUCAACUUUUAACCACCAUCAGAGAAUUCACUCUGGAGAGAAACACUCAGCUUUAGUCCACUCAGUCUUUUAGAUUGUGGUACUCAUAAUGGAGAACGACAGAAGAUUUUAAUUUUAUAAGAAAAAACCUCACCCUUAUUUUCACAUGAAAACUCUAAAUCUAACUGAUCCAAAAUUUCAAAAAUAUUUGCUUUUAUUUUACUGGGAGAUCAGUGGAACGUAGAUGGCUUGAGCAUACUGAUGGAAAAUGGACAACACAUUAACUUAACACGCUUGGUUUGCUUUGUAAAUAUCUCAUGUCCAUUCUUUAUUUCUGUUUUAUCUCCCCAAGCACAUUUUAAGAUCUGCAUUGGCAAAUCUCCCUUUAUUCAGACUGCUCUCCUUUAACGCAUAUAUCAACCACUUAUUUGAUUUAUUUUGCCAUGUCUCUUGGCUACAAGUCCAUUUCUCUCCAUUUCUCUAUCAUUUGAGGCCAAAUACUUAGUACAUUUAAUUAAACUUUAUUAGAAUGGGUGAUCCCUGAAGUUGGGCCUAUUGCCUCUGCCAUAUAGGAAGUUGCCCAAGAAUUGGGGGUCUCCUUUCCUUCUUCCCUUGAAAUACUUAGUCUUUUCCUCUUUUCAUCACUUUCUCUUCAGGGUUUUUUUGUUUU